AUGAAAAUUAUGGACCGAAACCGAAAAUUCAGCAUUCGCUUGGCCAAAACCGAAAAGUACCCCCACUGGGAUUUGGCAUGUGGUACAAACUAUAUAAUUUUCCUUUUUUUUUUUUUUUUCUUUCUCUUCCCCGAAGGCUAUAAUAAACCCGACCCAUGCAAAGCUCGAGCCCCGGCAUUCAGCUUUGGUACUCGCCGUUUUAGAUGUGCGGACAACUCCUCUCCAGGUCCACAAUAUUUCAUACCGCCAAACAUCACAGAGCGGGGCAAGGAUGUUAGUCCUGCUUACGCUAUUUGUGGAAGACCUAAGAGCUGCAGCACCUUCCAGACACCUGGGCCAGCUUGUUACACUCCUGAGUGUUCUGUGAGGUCUACCUACACCUCUGUUCCAAGUUAUUCAAUGGGAGCAAGAACAAGGAUGUCCGGCAGAGACCAGACACCAGGACCAGCCGCAUAUAAGCUCCCUUCUGUACUGGGGCCAAAUGUAGUUAAUAAAUCUUCUUCUCCAAACUACACCAUGACUGGUAGGAGCAGGAUUGGAAGCUUCCAUGACAAUUUACAGAAUACACCUGGCCCUGCAGCAUACCGGGUUGUGGAUCCAACAACAUAUAAGUAUAGGUCUCCUCAAUACAGCAUUGGUGCCAGACUCACUAUGCCUGGAAACAAAACUCCAAACCCAGGUCCAGGAGCCUACAAAGCAGAGAAGGUGGAUGUGACCCUGCCUAAAGCACCUAACUUCUCAUUUGGAAUCCGUCACUCUCCUCAUGCUGUAUCGCUCAUAGUAGAUAUGAAAGGUUAGCCCAAGUGGACAGGAUACGACCAACUUGGAGCACUUCUCUUAUAAUAUUCUUGGGGUUGUGCAUAAUGGCGAAAGAUAGAUGUUCAUUUCACCUCUGAUGUACUGAUGAAAUAAAGCAAUUGUUAUUAA